UUAUAUCGUAAACUACACAUAUCAUUCAUUUUUUAUGGUAUAUUAUAUUUACGUACUAGCACAAUAUCAGCAUGCCAAAAUACAUGGAACUCAGCCCAACAUCAGCACCUGGACAAGGAGAGGAAGACUGCUUGUACCCAAUUAGUCCCCAAAUGUUGCCUAGUGGAAGACCCUAUGUGCAACCUCAUCCACUCACACAAACGCAAUUGUAUACCAUUACAAAACCACCUUCGUUAUGCUCAUAUCCACUGCCCAUAUUUCAUGAAUUCCUAAAGCAAUUGGACCAUAAUCCAGCUACGAUUCCCAUUUUCCAAAAUUACUAUUAUAAUACUUUACCAUUUGCUCGUGACUCUUCCCCACAAAUAUACCAAUCAUCAAGGAAUAUGUCAACAGAACAACGUUUGUAACACCUUUGGAUACAUAAUCGACCAUUGCAACUACAGUUACAUCGUUUACGGCAGUCUACUUUACCGAGAUGAC